AUUCAAGAUGGCGAUUACCUGUGUUGAGGAUCAGUGAAAAGAGCAGAAACCUUACUCGGAUGGUGGUGUCUAAUAUGGCGAAUAAAUAUCCAUGACAUAGCUUGCCCCCUGAUAUUGGUGCCCGGUACCGUUAGCAAGUCUUUUUUAGCUUCACUCUGGAUAAACUAAAGAAUCUUGCUUAACAAGUCAUGUCCAAUUUCACAUUUUUUGUUGAAGUAGAUCUCUCCAUUACCUGUUGAAUGCCCACCUCAGCCUGGCAUCAGGUAUACCAGCACAGGUGGAGACGGUUAACAUAACAGAUGUUCACACCUACAAAGCAGGUGAGUUCAGGAGAUGCAACACCACCUACCACAUCGGCAUCCUCAACGCCAGCCUCCGAUGCCAGUCUCAAAGAAGGCAGGAAGCCAGAUGUCCAGAAGGCAGGCGUGGAAGUCAACGGUCUUCCAGCCGGGUCGCAGCUAGUUAUACCGCAGCCGUACCUGCACUACCUCCAGCUUCAUCACCAGCUGGUCCAGCAGCAACAGCAGGAGCUGGUCAUAGCCACACAGCAGGCUGGUGAAUCUAAAGAUGGGGAGAAUGCUGCACCCCCAACCUCAACACCAGCAGCUUUGAGUGGGGGUGGGGGAGGUGAGGAUGGCAGUGACGACAGUUUUGACCUGGAUGACGGUGGCUAUGCUGAUGAUGAUGGCUCUGACAGCACCAAGAAGGAAGGGAAAGGCAGGAUACGACACUCUGGUAGUGGUAGGAACAUCAACCAGUAUGGCAGAGAGUUCACAAACGGCCGACCUCUGCCUGACCAUCUGAGGGUUCAGAUCUUGCAGUUGGCACUGCAGGGGAUCCGUCCUUGUGAGAUUAGUCGCCAGUUGCAGGUGUCACAUGGUUGUGUGAGCAAGAUACUCAACAGGUACAGAAAGACUGGCAGCAUCAACCCCGGCCAGAUAGGUGGCAGCAAACCCAAGGUGACAACCCCUGAUGUGGUCAGCAUGGUCAAGCAGUACAAGAUGGACAACCCUCAGAUGUUUGCUUGGGAGAUUAGACAAAAACUGCUACAGGACAACGUGUGCUCGGAGAAGAACAUACCCAGCAUUUCAUCCAUCAACCGGAUUAUUCGAGAUAAAACCCUGACACACCGCAGAGGAUAUGAUAUAGGAGGGGAUGGGGAUGAGAUGGACGAGCUGGGACUGGACGCAGAAGCCAUGCAGAGGUACAUCGCCACCAUGCCUCACAUGACCGUGGACCUGUCCACCUCACCUUCCAACUCGGCUCACAGCCCCAAACCUGAUUGUCAACCCAGGUCAGGGUCCGUUGACCUGUCCAAGACAGGCCCCCACGCAGACAAACAGGCCAAGUCUGGGGAGGAUGCCGCUAAGUCUGCCCCAGAGAAACCCCUGGUCAUUGUCAGCGCUACUUCCCUGGACACACAGGUCAAGGCCGCAGUAGAUUCUAGUCAUAAUUUAUCUGUAACUCUGGUCGUGAAAGAGGAAACGGACAAUGGUAAAAGUACGCCAUUAACUGUUGGUUGUGAUGUGCCAUAUGAUGGGGAUGUCAUUGUUGUCAAACAGGAGUAUGAGGACAGUGGGAGUAAUGGGGUCUGUACUGAGGAGAAGGAGCUGAUGGUUAUUACACUAGGCAAGAAAGAUGUUGUCUCCAGCAAGGAGGGUCUGGAAGGAGAUUCUGUUGUUAACGGACGUGACCUAGGAAGUAAAAAAAGUGCAAGUUCGGGUCCAACGUCUGACUUGGUUGUUAAAAAAUCAAAAUCAGAAAAUGCAAGGCCUAGUCUCAAUGAUGUCAUAUCUAAUUUAUCUCACGGGGCAAGUUUACUGAGUGACACGGUCCCGCAGAACUCGUCCAACUCUGUGUCGUCAUUGCUGUGGACAAAGUUAGCAAAGCCUCCAGCACCUGAAGAGAAAGAGCAGGACUCAGAAGUGAAACAGCAGGAAGAGAAAGCCAGUAACCUGACCAUACACAAGCCCAGCUGGUUCUCCAUGCCCAGUCUAGACAAGCCCACCUCUCCAGCCAUUUCUUGCCAGCCCCCAGCAACCAGUUGUGAAGAACAGCGACAACCGCAGCAAACCUCAACGUCCCCCUGCACCCCGCCAGUCUCCACCGCAGGGAGCGUCCACCAGACGCCGGUCAGAAGACGGGGCAGGAAGUCUGGUACUAGAGACGGCUGGAGCCCCACCGCGUCCACUGCGACCCGCGGCUCUGCUGGAAGUAAAACUAAUCUUUCCGCUCUCUCUUCAGCCACGGCCAACUCCAGGCCAUCCCCAGUCGCCCCACCCAAUGCCUCACUCUUCCCCCUCCCAUACAACCCAAUUCUAUCUCCAGUGUACGAUUACAAUCUUCCAGACAGAGGUUUGUCUUCUGCUACUGCCUCCAUCAUGGCAGCCAACCCACGGUUUGCCGCCCCGCACCUUGCAUCCCAGCCGUUCAUGAUGAGUUACUUCCCCCUGCAGCCAAUGUGGAGCGGAGCUGGAACGGUUGCCAUAGCGGCGGCCGCUGCAGCCAACAUGAGCAUCCCCACCCCCUUAGAUCUGUCCUCGCCUAAUAAAGUCAAAUCAGAACCAGCUGACAAAACGAGCAGGGAGAAGAGUAGCAGCCCAGUGAAAGAACUGCCCAAAAAAUCUGUCCCCAACCAGCCAGCACCAUCUCAGGCCAACCAUCAGAACCAUGUGACUAAAGAGACCAGCAGACGCGGGUCUAGAGGGAGCCACAGUAAAGGCAGUAAAUCUCAAACCAGAGCCUCGAGUGAGAAGUUCCCAGCCAGCUCUCUGAAAGCCAAUGAGAAGGAUGUGGAGAACCCAAAGAAAGACGUUGAGAACUCUGUCCAUGAAACAUAUCCAGAAUGUGGGUCCAAGUCCCACGAGUUGAACAUAUCCAAAGCCAGGUAUGAGAAGAACCUCCUCUUGUUUGGUGACCAGGAGAUUGAGAUCAUGUCAGUGGGCAAGCUGAGGUGGGUGGUGAGGAACGAAGCGGAUCUGCUGCGGAUAGCCCAGGCCAACCUGAAAAAAUCUAGUCCUGUUUGUGAUUCUGGUACUCUGAUACUGGAAGCUAACUCAUCCACGGAAACCUCCCUGUACGGGGAGGGGUCCCCGGGGAAGAACAGCAGAGACCGGUCGGACUGUUCUGUGUCCAGCUCGGUCAGGAGGGAGGACGGUGAACCUGAGGAGGGUGUCUCACUCAACUCUGGAACUGAGAGGCCGUGUUCCCCGCAAAAGUCAAACCGAACUACUGACCAGCAGGAUAUGGAUUACUCCCCAUCCCCGAGCAAAUGUCCGAAGCUGGACAAAACUUUGUCUAGUCCGAAGGAUUUGUCUAAAAGUAAACUUGUCAAUGGGAAACUGGACGUGGAUAAAGCAGAAUCUGGUGCAGCGGUCAACUUGCCCAAUUUCCUCCUGGAUUUAAAUGUAUCGGAUUCAGUUUGUGUCAAACAUUGUGCAUUGUCGUCAUCGAUGCUCAGGGCUGAUCAGUCCUGUGUUGUUAAACCAUCGUCAUCCACCCCCACCUCCCCUCCCACUGGCGUCAAACAGAAACACGAAGGCAUGUUGUUUGAGGAGGAUAAGUCCAGUUCCACUGCCUCGCCAGUCACCAUGGGAUGCACCAGCACCGACGCCUACCUGGCCAGGGAGGAAGCCAGGCCACGUCACAAAUGUGGUGAGGAGGAAAACAUCAGCAGAAUUGUGCCGCCAUCUUCUGUCAUGCUUGACGGCAGAAUUGUGCCACCGUCGUCCGUCUCGCUUGACGACGAGGCUUUAUCCAAAGAGUAUUCUUUACUAUCCAGCAUGUUGAAAUCUGCACACUAAUGUCCAGGUUUCCGGUCUGCUGGUUCCACGGACCUCCCUCUACCAGUACCAACCCUGGGGUUUAACCAGGCGGAACAAUCAAUAUUGUUGUCAAUGUUGUUUUUAUUUACAUUUUAAAACAUUUUUUUUCCACGUGAGCUACCUAGUCUUAUGAAAUCCUGUGACACAUGUAAACAGAUUUAUCAUACAUAAAAACAAAUCUAUGUAUUCAUAUUGUAUGGGGUUUUGUGUCCAUCAAAAUAAUAUAUUAUGUAUUUGUAUCAGUAUAUAUUUAGAACUCACUUAUUCCUAUCGUGGUUAUGAGUGUAUAAUUAGUACCAUUGGUUAUUUAUCCUACUGUACAUAUAUGCUUAAUGCCAUGUUUGAAUACACAGCAGUCUCUUGUAAGCUAAGAUAAGAGAUUUUAUACAUAUAACUUUUCUUUAACAAGUCUGUCUUGUGAAAUAGUAGUGAAUUUGUAAUGUUUUUUUAAGCAUUCACAAUCAAAAUGUACAAUCAACUUUUACUGCCAAAUAGCAUUAAGAAUAUUUUUAUUGUUGCAUUGUUUGUUUGUUUUGUUCAUCGAUUGGAUCAUAGAUGACAUAUUUAUUCCACAAGCAUUAUCCUACUUGCCAUUGUCCAGCAAUCAAAACUUGGUUAUUCAAGGUUGACACUGCUUCUCCCAAGCUGUUGGAGCAAGUUGCUGAUGUAGAUAAAGGGUUUUCUUAUGGAGAUUUCGGCUUUCUUUUUACACUCAACAUG